AUGACCACUGCUACAAUGGAAAAUAAUGUUGGUGGAGUAGUACCUGGUAAAUGGAAAGGCGGUACAGUGACCACAGCAGUGGCAGUUGAUGCAAGUCCAGUUGCCGCAGUGAGGGUAUUGAAAGCACAGCUUCAAGUUCAAUGGGGCUACCAAGAGUAA